AUGCAAGUCGCAAAGAUCAGCUGCAUCGUCGUAGUACUGAGGCAAGGCAAGAACAUGCAAUUCUGGAUACUAGUUUUAAACGUUAUGGUCAGAGAUGCCACUCGUUUCCCGAACCGAAACAAACGUAGGAAAUCUGGACUGAGAAGUGAUGAACAAAAGGAAAAUGGUAGAAUAAACUCUAUAUUUACCAAUGAAUCAACAAGUGAAAGUUCUGAUGAAGAGAUCAGCGAGCUUUUCGCUUUGCGAUUUGAAACGUACAAAAAGUGGGCAUCAACUAUUGUAAAGAAGAACUGCAAAGAAAUCAUAGCAGACCACUUCAAAAAUGACUUGAGCAAUGAUUUCACAAUGAUGAUUAAUUGGUUAGCUUUAACAAAUGAGGAGAGCAGAACAAUACUUCUAGAAUCUAGUUGCGCUACAAAAGAGUCCAUGGAACUCGAUGUUGCUUUGGAGAUGUUGAUACGAAUGGGAAUAAUAGACAAACGCACAGGUCCAACAGUCAAAGCGUUUCGCGAACUGGUCGCAGUCCUUUGUGGAGGAGUGCCAGGACAAAUCCCUGAGCUCGACAAAGUUGCAUAUUUCACUGAGAAAAGUCGCUUCGCUGACAACAUUGCAUCCGAAGCAAUUGUAAGAUUUGUGAGAAGUUUCUUCAGCUUUUCAAAUGAUGCACUAUCUUCGAUGAAAAAGGCCGACGCCCCACUUGCAACGGUUCUAGCUGAUCCUGAAGUGAUGCGGAAUGACGAGGCUUCGAAUCAAGCGUUAGUCGAGAAGCACUCUUUCGAGAGUGCUUUUGACGCUGAUUUGGGCGAUGACAUAUACGAAGACGGUGGUUUGGACUUGAUUUGUGAAGAGGAUCCAAUGAAGUCGGACGCACAAACAUCGUUAUUGGCGGAUCCUACUAAUGGAAUAGGGCCAAGCUCUUCCUCAUCAUCGUCAAGAUCACGCUCUACAUCUCCACUGAAGUCGCCUUUGCGAAGACCAAAACGUGAUAUUUACUUAAUUAGAAGUAGAAGGGCAGGACGAGUCGGGACUCAUGUGUUAUUAGAGGAAUGCUUUAUUUGCGGUGAGAGCGGAGAGCUUCUCCAAUGUGGGAAAAAGUAUACCCCAGGAGCGUUUUGUUCAACAAAGUUCCAUAAGAAGUGCAUCGAGUUGUACAAUGCUGCGGAAUACAAUGUUGACUGUGUUCGUAAAAUUGUGGAUGAAACAUUCUGUCCACUGCAUUUCUGUUCUUCUUGUUAUUUAGAACGAUGGAAAACCACUGCAGUUCGAGGGAAGCUGAUUGAGUGCGAUUCAUGUUUUCGAGCCUUUCACGAACAAUGUGCUCCCGCAGGAUAUGAGAGUUAUGAGGACUUCGUGGCAGCAAGAACAAAAGAAGGAACUGCAGUGGAGGUCAGACAAAUGUUCACGCGGUGCCAUGCUCAUUGUGACACUAAAUCUAUACCUCUCGUUCUAAAUGCACGUUCUCACCUACCUUUUUGUUGUGAAUGCGAAAAUAACGGCGAAGAGACGUUAGUGAAGUGUACACAAUGUGUGAGGUCUUUCCACGAAAGCUGUCUGACUCUGAACUGUCGUGAUCUAGACAACGCAAACCAUCACCCGUCCAUGUGUGAAUCAUGCAUUCUUGGUGAAAACCUACGAGUAGGCCAAGCUGUAAUUGCGAGAUUCAGGGCCACCUUUUACGCAGCAACAGUUGUUAGUUUAGCCGAUUAUCCUAAACACUGCGCGAAAAAGGAUAAGUUUGGGACACAUUUGGGCGAACCCGGGUUUGUAUGCGUGAGAUGGGCGGGAUGCAACAAUAUGUUUGCUCUUCUUCCGGCUAGGAAUAUUGUGCCGAUGUUUGGCGGGUCGUAUGGUCUCAUAGGAAGACGAGUGUCAGAGUUACCAUGCCGGGAAGCGUGGCAAAAAAUGGAGGAUGAGCUUUCCAUUACCCGGCCAACAUUCGACUAUGUGCCGGAAAAGUACACAAAAAUCAAGACGUCGGUGUAUCACUCAAGUUGUCCAAAGCCUCGUCUCGAUGCAUGCGAAGAAAGUGACAGUAUGUGUGAUUGUCCUCCCGGUGAGAGUGGCCGUUGUGGCCCGAACUCGAAAUGCACCAACAGGGCCAUUUUGCAGGAGUGCCCUGAGGCUUGUGAGGCAAUCCAAGGUGGAUGUAACAACAGAGGAGUUUCGCGUAAGGAAGUAAAUCCUGCUGUGGAGAUACGUGAAGCCCCAGGAAAAGGGAUGGGAGCAUUUGCAGUGAAAGAUAUUCCAAAAGGUGCUUUCAUAGCUGAGUAUGCUGGGGAAUUGAUCAGUAUUAAAGAGAAGAAUAGGAGAAUAGCUGAAGUUACGGCUCAUCGAAAUGCCGAAGAAAAGCACUAUAUGAUGGCACUGGAUUCUCAGCGGAUUAUUGAUUGCAAAGAAAAAGGGAACGAUGCAAGCCCUAAUUGCAAAGUGGAGACUGUAUAUGUGGUUGUGAGUAGGACUAAACGACCAACUGGUGUCACCGUAAAGUACGACAAGCGUAUAACAAUCUGCACAACUGAGGAUGUACCUGCAGGGACCGAGUUAUGUUUCAACUAUCAAAUGACACAGUACAACAUUGGUUGUCCUCUUCCUGACUGCAAAUGUGGUGCUCCAAACUGUACCGGCACAUUGGGUUCCAUAGCACCUGAAAAGGCGGAGCCAGACGUUUCUCCGAGCAAUACUGGCAAACCUAAGAAAAAGAAGCAGAAACGCAAAGCUAUCUCUUCUCUUGAAUCACCAGAGAAAAAGAAGCCUGGCACACGCAGUCGCCAGUCUACACCUUGCUCCUCCACGCCAUCGUCCUCUGGAAGCCCCCAAAAGGAGCAAAGACUCUCCUUAAAUGGAAGGAGGUCUGGGCCUACUGUUACUUUCAGGAAAGCUUCGUUACCUCCAGAUGUGGAACCAAAUCAAGUCUUGCGAAUGCAAUUUCCUCGUUCAUUUAAUCGAGGGUGCAAAAUAGUUAACGGUUUGAAAGAGUCUACUUUCAAGAACGUGGACGACGCGAAGUUAAAGAGAGCACUUCUGAAUGGAGAGGCACUAGAGAAGAUUUCUGAUAACAGAUCGCCACCGCAUACUGAAAUUCCAAAGACUAUCAAUGGAAUAAAAAAAUCUCGCGGAAUAGUAGCAGAAUUGUCUUCGAUAAACUCAGCUUUGCGAUACGUGAAUGCUUCCUUUCGCCUCUACCUCACUAUGCUCUCCGUUUGGACUUUCUGUCAUAUCACUCAUUAG